GUAUACAAUAAGUGAAUGUCUUAGUAUUUAUGUUCUUUGUUUUAGAUUUCUCUUUAAACCUUUCGGCAUGUCAGCUCUAUUCUGUUCCUAACUGUAUAAAAUUAGUUUAUAAAUCUGUACUGCCUCAUUACUUUUAGAAUAAAGCGUACCCAUAGUACUGCUGAAUAAACUACUGUUUGGUAAAGGCUUUGAAGCAUAAAGCUGAUUUCUAUAUUAGUAAAAUAGAUAUUUUAUCAGUUGAUAAAGUGUUGAACUAUCUGUUUUCUACCUAAACAAAAAAUAUACAAUCAAAAACCUUGAGGCGAUUGGAGACAGUAAAAUGGUUCACAAACUGAGUCACAUUUAGUCUCAAACAGGUUUAUAAAGUGUUUUAAUCUCCUUAUGGACUAAAAGGAUAAGGAUGGCAAAAACAUGUUAUGUAAAUGCAACUCAAAUACUGAAAAGGUUGAACAGCAUCAGGGUCUUUGACUGGGCCAAAGGUCCUUCUGGUCUGACCAAGAGACAGAAACAAACACAGUUAUCUUUUCCUUUGUCCAAACAUAAACCCACCUCUGCCUUGUUUUUCUCUUCCUCUUCAGUGUGUCAGAGGUUCAAACAGCAGAAACAAGAUGGCCGCCGCUCUGCAAGUGGCACCAACACGUACAGGAUGCAGCGGUGCUCGGCUGGAUCACACCUCUCUCUGUGUUCAGAUGAUGAUUGGGUCUCCAAAUGCCCGUCUGGCUGCAGGCUGCAGGGUUUGAUGUCAGAAAUGGAAAAUGACGUGGAAAAAAAACUGCAGACGUUCUGUCAAAAGUCAAGUAUUUAUGAAAUCGCAAUGGAGAAGUCCAUGACGGAGAUGACGCACGUCUACAACUCUAACCGCAGAGUCAUAGUCAACAGAUACAUUUCAGAACUGAAGUUUGUGAAAAGUGCCGACAAACUGGCCAAGAACCUCAGAGAACUACGACGGCGAUCAGGAUUUCUGGCGCAGAAGAUAAAGGAGAUGAGCAGCCAUGUGAGGAAACAGGUGGAGGAGCUGUAUCGAACAGAGGUGGACAUAGACAUGAAGCUGAGGACCUGCCAGGGAUCCUGCCGCGCGGCGCUGCCGUUCAGCGUCGAUCACCAUGGUUACCAGUCUCUUCAAACAGACCUGCGCCUCAUGGACAAAACCAUGACACAGAAAACCAAACCCGCCACGCCUCCCCAGAACAUUCCCAGAGUUACGCUGCAGCCGGCGAACGUCGGCCCGCCGCCGUCUGCAGAAUACAAAAAGAUCCCGACGGUCCAGAAAGAGCUGCUGACGCAGUUUGAAGACAUAGAGCAGAACCGCAUGGUUCUGGUGGAUCAGUCGGAUGAGGUGAACACACUCAGAGCUGCAGGUUCCAAUCUGGAACCAACAGCUGAGGGGGAUCAUUGUAGUAAUACUUAAUAAAGACAGAAAGACUUCA